AUGUCGUCAACGAUCGAAACCUUCAGAGUCCCUCCAGCUCGAAGAAACAUGCAAUCUAACUGCUGUCCUUUCGAGGCUGUCUCUGACCAUCAAGCACCAAGAGUCGAGUCUGCGAGUGACGAAGAGCAGCUGUACGAGACAGGGCCAGGCACCACCACCGAAAAGCCCCGAGGGCGACCAAAGAAUAAGGAUGCUCAGGACGGCGCGUCAUGCUCGACACCCUUGCCGACAUCUCCUCCUUCAAGCUCAUCUGCUGCAUCUCUCACAGAAGAAGCUGAGGGUCGAAAGCUGCUCCACGAUUCGACGGAGAGAGUUGCGAGUGUAAAGUCUUUCUGUGACUCCGCGGACCAUCCAGAUAUUACAAAGAGACUGGCACAGGAGAACACCCACGAAGACCACAGAGAGCUGAUCGAGGUCGCAGACGCUGGCAGAGUUGCUGCAGAAGAGUUGUUGCUGUGCAGCAUCUCUGCCUUCGAACAAGUACCUUGCACGCAAUCGGGAUGUCCUGGAAGAGGUCCUGGAGUCAUUGGAGAAGGGUGUGGGAAUUCCGCUGGCCAUCAGCAGCGAGCGUUCGAGUGCAGAGAUAGGACGCGCAGGGUGGGACUACCACUACAAGCUUAUGAGCGAGUUGUUGAGGAAUGCGGUGCCGGAAGAACGGUCUCCACAAUAACUGAGGCCUGGGACAAUAAUAAGGAAGAAGAAGGAAAUGACGACGGUUUCGGCGCUGGAGAUGGUGCCAGAAUGGUACAGUACUUGAAGAUAAAGAGGUGGAGGGAGAAGGACAUCGAGAUCGCCCAGCUGAAAAUGAAGCUCGAGGCAAUGAGUCUCCAAGCUGCAAAUUUGGUGCAGAAGAAGCCUCCAAAGUGGCUCAACACGUUCGGACUUUCAACUUCGGCAAUUUUGUACUCCAUCAUGUCUCUGAAGAAGCUGCCAAGGGGUCUAAAACUGUUCGAUAAUUUGAUCCGCUUUGCUACGCGUGGGCUGCCGUUCGUUCCACUGAAGAAAAUUUGA